CCUCUCGGCCCGAGGCCGGGCGGGGAGACGGGAGGGGGCCCCCAGAGAUGUCCAGGCCGCCGUCGAGGGGGACUUUGGGGAGACCCGCGCCUUUCCCUGCGUCCCCAGCCUGUCCCCUCUUGGAGUCUCGCGUGUCUCCGUCGCUCAGUCGUAUCUCGCCUCCCUCCCCCCUCCCCCUAGAGGUCCCACGGUGCGAGAGGGGGCUGCGCGGCAGACACCCCACCCCUCCACACACCCCUUUAUUGCCUUUCUCUCCUCACCCGGAAUCGCUGCUCCGCAUGGACGGCGAUCAAAUGACUGGGGACCUCAGUCUGCACAUCUGGGAAAUGGGUAGGGCGGUGUAGUGUGUUUGGUGGGGGCUUGGUGGGCAGGCUUAGGUUCAAGUCCAGGUCCAGCCACUUCCCCACAGUCCCAGUGACCCUGCGCGAGUCACUGUACCUUUCUGUGCCCAUUUGUCCUCCCCUCCACGUCUAGCCACACACACCCCCUUCCAGACCGUUCCAGUCCUGCUUCCUGUCUCUUGAUCUCUCUUAGGUCCCUAGAAAACAUUUUUGACCGACUUCCUGUUGUUCGGGGAGUGGACGGGGACCCACCAGGCAGAUGGAAACCCCAAAUUUCCUACAGUUGGUGACCAUGUGUUCCAGGUGUUUGAAAGUCAGAGAAGUGAGGACAGAGACGUGGAGAGACAGGGAGAGAGACAGAGACGUGGAGAGACGCAAAGAGACUUGGAGAGAGACUAAGCAAGGCACUAAGCAGGACAGGACGUGACAAGUGACAAGAAGGACAAGGACAAGCUCGCUGCCCCUGGAGCCCUAGCCCUGCCUUCAUGCCCAGCAGGUGCCCCACCUGGCCCAACCUCCCAGGUAAGCCUCGGCCGGUGCUGCAGGCAGUCUGACUCCGUGCCCCGAGCGACCCAAGAGGAACAUCUGCCGGCGAGAGGAUGGCCCAAGUUCUGCACGCGCCAGCCCCCUUCCCAGGGACCCCCGGCCCGGCGUCCCCGCCCGCCUUCCCCGCCAAGGAGCCCGACCCGCCCUACUCGGUGGAGACGCCCUACGGCUACCGCCUGGACCUGGACUUUCUCAAGUACGUGGACGACAUCGAGAAGGGCCACACCCUGCGGCGCGUGGCCGUGCAGCGCCGGCCGCGCCUGGGCUCGCUGCCGCGCGGCCCCGGCUCCUGGUGGACGUCCACCGAGUCGCUGUGCUCCAACGCCAGCGGGGACAGCCGCCACUCGGCCUACUCGUACUGCGGCCGCGGCUUCUACCCGCAGUACGGCGCGCUGGAGGCGCGCGCGGGCUUCAACCCCCGCGUGGAGCGCACGCUGCUGGGCGCGCGCCGGCGCCUCGAGGACCAGGCGGCCGCGCCGUCGGGCCUGGGCUCCCUGACGCCCAGCGCCGCGGGCUCCACGGGCUCCCUGGUGGGCGUGGGGCUGCCGCCGCCCACGCCGCGGGGCUCGGGGCUGUCCACGCCGGUGGCGCCCAGCGCCGGGCACCUGGCCCACGUGCGCGAGCAGAUGGCGGGCGCGCUGCGCAAGCUGCGGCAGCUGGAGGAGCAGGUGAAGCUGAUCCCCGUGCUGCAGGUGAAGCUGUCGGUGCUGCAGGAGGAGAAGCGGCAGCUCGCCGUGCAGCUGAAGAGCCAGAAGUUCCUGGGCCACCCCGCGGGGCCGCGCGGCCGCGGCGAGCUCUGCCUCGACCUCCCCGAGCCGCCCGAGGACCCCGCGGCGCUCGCGACGCGCAGCGUGGGCACCUGGGUCCGGGAGCGGGACUUGGGCGUGCCCGACGGGGAGGCCGCCCUGGCCGCCAAGGUGGCCGUGCUGGAGACGCAGCUCCAGAAGGCGCUGCAGGAGCUGCGGGCGGCGCAGGCCCGCGGGCGCCCGCGCGCGGCCUGGCCGCCGCCCGACGGCCCGGUCGCCGACACCGUCCGGGUGGUGGAAGGGCCGCGGGAGGUGGAGGUGGCCGCCAGCACGGCCGCCGGCGCCCCCGCGCAGCGCGCCCAGAGCCUGGAGCCCUACGGGGCCGGGCUGCGGGCGCUGGCGACGCCCGGCGCCGCGGAGAGCCCGCCCGUGUUCCGCAGCCACGAGGUCGUGGAGGCCAUGUGCCCGGCCACCGCCGCGCCCACCGGCAACUUCCACGUGGUGAAGAAAAUUAGCAUCACAGAGCAGAGCUGCAACGGGCUGGCAGGUCUCCCACAGGCUCCUGGGGGGUCUUCCUCGCCACCCCCGGAGUCCACGGCGGCCUCCCCGGCGCAGCCGGGGGAGAGUGCAGGCGACACCGCCGACAGGGAGCCCGCCCGGCAGGCAGCCUGCCAGGAGCCCGAGGGGGCCGGGGGUGCAGGCGGGCCCCAGGCCGGCAUCCGGUCCAUCAUGAAGCGGAAAGAAGAGCCGGCAGACCCAGUGGGCCACGCGCGGAGCCUCCAGUUCGUGGGGGUCAACGGCGGGUACGAGUCGUCCUCGGAGGACUCCAGCACGGCGGAGAACAUCUCAGACGGCGACAGCACGGAGAACGAGGCCCCCGAGCCGGAGGAGAGGGUGCCGAGUGCGGCCGCAGCCCCCUGGCUCAGGCCCGCGGGGACAGCGACAGCCAAGACCGGCCGGCAGGAAUGCCAGCUGUCCCGGGAGUCCCAGCACGUGCCCACAGCCAAGGGGGCUGCGGGCUCUAACACGGAGGACGAGAUCCGGAUGGAGCUGAGCCCAGACCUCAUCUCAGCCUGCUUGGCCUUGGAAAAGUACCUGGACGACCCCAACGCCCUCACCGAGCGGGAGCUGAAAGUGGCCUACACCACGGUGCUGCAGGAGUGGCUGCGCCUGGCCUGCCGCAGCGACGCGCACCCCGAGCUCGUGCGGCGCCACCUGGUCACCUUCCGGGCCAUGUCGGCGCGGCUGCUGGACUACGUGGUCAACAUCGCCGACGGCAACGGGAACACGGCGCUGCACUACUCUGUGUCCCACGCCAACUUCCCCGUCGUGCGGCAGCUGCUCGACAGCGGUGUCUGCCAGGUGGACAAGCAGAACCGCGCCGGCUACAGCCCCAUCAUGCUCACGGCCCUGGCCACUCUGAAGACCCAGGAUGACAUCGAGACCGUCCUGCAGCUCUUCCGGCUCGGCAACGUCAACGCCAAAGCCAGCCAGGUACGGCCGCGGACCCGGCAGCCUGCCCGCCUCCCGCGCCCUGCCUGCGCCCCGCCCACGAAGGCGCAGGAUGCGAUUUUUGUUUGUUUCUUUGUCGUUUACAUUGCGGACGUCAACCUGCAGGACGACGACGGCUCCACGGCCCUCAUGUGCGCCUGCGAGCACGGCCACAGGGAGAUCGCGGGGCUGCUGCUGGCCGUGCCCAGCUGCGACAUCUCCCUGGCCGACCGCGACGGGAGCACGGCCCUGGUGGUGGCCCUGGACGCGGGGCAGAGUGAGAUCGCGUCCAUGCUGUACUCGCGCAUGAACAUCAAGUGCUCGAUCGCCCCGAUGUCGGAUGACGAGAGUCCUGCGUCGUCCUCGGCGGAGGAGUAGCGUCCCCUCGGGCCGGGCAGCCCCGGAGCGAGCCGUCCCCAUAGUCUUCUGUGUCCCCUCCCUGUCCCCGUUCUCCCUGGCCGCCCCCUGCUCACGCUCCCCGAGGCCCAGGUCCCCAAGGCCAGUGGGUUUUUCCACCCACGUCCCUGGGGGGGGCGACCCCCGACGGCGGCGGCAGGACUCCAGCUCCAAGCGGGUUUCCUUGGCACCCGGGUUCAAAGCCGCCGCGGCGUAGACGGACACUGCAUUCUUGUAGGAAUCGGCGCCAGAGGCUGAUGCUGGGCGUGUGGGUUUUAUGGGGAACAUCGAGAACAAUCUCGGCCGGGGGAGGGCGAGAGGGGGAAAAAUACUGUAUUUUUGAGUCAUGGUUGCGGGAAAGGGGGGCGGCCACCAGAUUACUUGUGGCCAGAGUUGAAAGUCACUGGAAUUUGCGUA